AUGCAAUUUUGUCGUUUUUGGUUAGAACAACUUUUUAAUUGUUCUUUUGAAGAAGCUGAAUUUUUAAUUAUAUUUAAUACAGAAAUGAUUAAAUUACUUUUUGAAAACGACAAAACAAUUCCCCUUCAAUUUCGAAUUAAAAAUAUUUCUAAAUUUUAUUUUUACGAUUUUUUUGGCAAAAAACAAUUAAAAUUUAUUAGUGAUCUUCUUUUUAUUUUUGAAAAAUUUAAAAUUGAAUUUUAUGAAAAUUACAACAAUUUAACCGAAUAUAAAGAAAUUUUAUUGGAAUUAUUAUUAAAUGAAGGGUUAAAAAUUCCUGAAAUUUAUAUUGAUGAACUUAAGGAUUCCUCUGUCUACCAUCAACUUAUGAGGGUAGGUUUAAUGGGUUCUUUCAAAAUUUAUUAA